AAAAGAUGAGAUCGAAAGGAUUAAAAAAAGGCUAACCUAAGUUUGGCAUUUCCAAAUCGAAAUCGAAAUCCACACUACAGUUCCGUUCCUCCCAAAAAAGCGACCGACUUUCUCUCGUAUCCUUAUCCUUUGAUAUCCCCUAUUAUUUUUCCUUUUCCACGUCACUCUUCCUUUCCUUUCACACCCAAAAAGGAAAAUAAAUAAAGAAAAUUCUGUCUAUUUUCCAUUUAAACGCAGCCGUCACCAAUCACCGAUGAACAACCCGACCCGACCCAGGUCUACCAUGGAGAUCAAUGGACCUUCACGCUUCCACCACCUCAAAUCCCCAUCAACCGAUCGAUUCCUCGGCUUCUCACCCCACGCGCCUCCGUUCGACCAACCUUCCUCUUCUUCCGCCGCCGCUGAAGAGCUCAACGAAGACGACAUCUUCUUCUCCGGCGACUUCUCCGACAACUCUAACGGUUACAACUCCGCUGGCGGGUUCCAAAAUUCCCUCCACCAAAUUUCUCCUUCCUCCAGCCCCCGCAACCAUAAAUCCUUCCCUCACUCCGAAAACUUUGGAAUCCUUGCCGCCAUCCGCGACGCUUCCCGCCCGCACUUCCAUUUCUACCAAAAACCCUCAAUUUCCACGUCAGCAUCAUCUUCCUCCUCUGCCACAUCAGUAUCCUCCUCCUCCUCAUCUUCCCGUUUAAUCCCUUCGAUUCCGAAACCGCCGCAAGAACGAAUCCCAAUCGUUUCAUCUUCCUCUUCUUCUCUAGGAAGGUUUCAUCAAUCGGCACCGGUUAACGUGCCAAUACUGGCGAAAACGAUGAGGAGAAACGGAGAAUUCGACAACGAUUGCGACUUGGACGUGGAGGAAGAAGGGGAAAUGUUGCCGCCGCAUGAGAUUGUGGCCAGGAGCUUAGCGCAGUCCCCUAUGUUGGCUUGUUCGGUGCUCGAAGGCGUCGGGAGAACCCUAAAAGGGAGGGAUCUUAGGCAGGCUUUGGAUUAUUGACUGUUGGACACGGAAAAGUAUAAGUAUUUGAUUAAUGUAAUCAAAAUUAGAUUUUUUUUUUUGUUUAUGUAAUUUAAUUUUUUUUGUUAUGUGGUUUAGGGUUUUUUUUGGGAUAAAAUGUGGAAAAUGAAAAACAUAGAAAUUUAAGGGUUAUAAUGUAAGAGUUUAUAAACUUGAAAGCAGAUUCCUUUAUGCAUAUUGUAAAGUCAUUAGAGAAUUUUCUGAGCUUGCUAAAAUCCAAGUUAUCUUUGCUAAAUUAUAGAAAGGAAGUUUUUCAUUGAGUUUAUUGGUGUCAAGGGGAGUUCUACAUUCAGCUAUUUAUUGCAUGUUGUUCAAUUAGUUUGAGUUAUAAUAGCACUUUCUGGGGCCAGAUUAUGUAAAGUUGAUUGCUGCAAUGGUAGUGCUAGGGAGUUAGGGAUAUAGGGACAGGUUGAAUGUCCUGAAGUCUUAUUGGCGAAUGCUGGGUUUUGGCUUUACUUGGUGGCUUGAUAGCUUUGAACUUUUCUUGUUUCAUUUGAGAUGUUGGAGGUAUUAUUGUUCAUAAGUUAUUUUGUGAAGGGGUCUGUCCUGUUUGGUGCGAUGAUAGUAGGUUGGCCUGGUUGUGUGAGUGCUUAUCUGGGUGGUUCAAUAAUUAAAUAGUUGUCUAUUUUGAUACUGAUACUAACUGAAACAGAAAUAGGAAGCUAGAGCUUAUAAUUGUCUAAUAAGGCAAAACUAAAAUCCCAGUGGCUAAGGCUUUUGUGUUGCUGUGCAACUUACCACAUAUACACUGUAAAAACUUUGC